GGUGAAAAUGGCGGGAAAGCGAGAAAUUGUCGAGUCCUGCGUCGAGUCUUAGCUCGAAGUCCUGGUUCGAGUUCCUGGCUUGAGUCCUGGCUGGGUAUAUAGGCAUCCUCAGAAAGCCGAUUUUUCUGCCUUACAAAUAGUUCACUCGCCCAAGGUCUCUGGAAAAGUUAAUUGACCUUAUAAGUUCAAAAUUCCCUAAGGUGUAUGUGGUAAACAACCCUUGUUCUUGCUACCUUGCUACAUAGGCACGUGCAGUAAGAAAAUCCAAUCAGAAAUUAUUAUUCAAAUCAGAACGUUGCUCCUUGCCACAUUCAAAAGUAGUGUAGCUUCGGCUGAGAAAGCUGACGAAAGUUUCUCAUGGAUCAUGAAAGAGAAACAAGACACCCUCGCAUAAACUGACAAUCCGUCUUUCUCAGCAUCACUAAAAGAAAGCUAUCUGUGGAUACAUUCUGAGAUGUUAAAACCAGCGCCUGAGGUAAAUAACUUGUUAACUGAAGUUAUAGAUUGUUUUCACAUGACGUCACGGCGGCCAUAUUGGUGUCCCAAAACAAAUGAAACGGCGGCCAUGUUGGUGUCCCAAACCGAUCCUGUGGGAGUUGAACUCUUUUCUUAUGCAAACGCUUUCUUUUGUUCCAAUAAAUUUGCAUAGAUGCUGGCCACGUGAGUGAAAACCCUCUAUAGUCACAUAUGUAUUCUGUCAAGUCAAACGUCAAAGUUAAGGGACCAGUCAUAAUUUAAGUUGGAGGAGGGGGGGGUGGAGGAGAAAUUGGGGGGCCUUCAAUUUUUUUUGGAUGGAAUAUGGGGACCUUAAAAUGCCAAAAGAUGACCUUGGGGGGUCUUCAAGUUUCUUUUAAGUAGCAUCCCUACUGAGCAGCAUGAUGCUUGAGUAUUAAAGGACCUGAUUUUGAUUCAGUUUUACACAAAGUCCUAUAUUGUGUAAUACUAAAACAAUUUAAUCAGCAUUUUUACAAAAAGAUUUAAUGCUCAAAUAGUAGGUGCAUCAACACAACAUCCAUUAUUGUGUAACACUGAAACAAUUUCAUCGGCAUUUUAACAAAUGAUUACAUGCAUUAAGUCAUGUUAUGCAAUCUCAGUAUCCGAAUCAUUAUUUGUAGAUGAGGUUGAUGCGGACUCACUGUCUGUGUCACCGUCAAGUUUUUCGCUAUUAGAGCAUGUACUGCUCAUAUAAAAAGCAGUAAGCUUUGGCUGAUUAUCUUCUUUCUUCCUUGAAGCGGUCCUGUCGGCCUCUCACCUUUCGAUGGCUUGUCUUAUCUCAAUUAUAACACAAUCACUGAUAUAUCCUUGCUCUAUAAGCUGUUUGAGAGGCUCUAGGUGAAAUCUCUUUCUGUCUCUUUCUCAGUUUAGUGUGAAGUGCUUCUCUCUGUUGUUAGUUGGCACAUUCGGAAGUGACAGUGAGUAAGAACGGUAAAGUAAAGAAAAUGUUAUUUGUUAUUACCAUUUAGGUAUUAUGUAUAAGAAAGGGGGGCCCUUAAAUCUUUUAACAUGAUUGAAGGGGGGGUACCUAAAAAACGUGGGUGCUAUUAGUGGGGGUCUGGAAAAAAUUUGGAAUAAAAAACAAUUUCUCCUCCACUCCCCCCUCCAACUUAAAUUAUGACUGGUCCCUAAGUCAUUUCGUUGUCGAAUAUUUUCGAUUUAAAGGUUUUUUUUUUCUCAGAGGAGAAAAAGCAAGUAGAAAUGUAAGCCAAUGCUCAAGCAAAAUUAGACCAUGAUUUGGAAAGUACCCCGUAGAACAAGGUCUUACACGUGGCUUUUACCAGUUAAAAAUACACACAAAACUUAGUGGAGACUUCAAUGUUAGAUUAAGUGGCCCAGCAAAUUACGUCUUUCUUUUCUUCCAUUAUAUUGGUUAUUAAGAAGAAAAACUGCAGAAACGACAAAUUUGAUUUAUUUUUUUCUUGGUGUACAGCAGCGAGAUUUUGACGGAGAUAACAUCACAAAAUGAGGCCACCGCACCUUUAAAUAGAGAUCGAACUGACCUAUUACGAAAAGCCUCGAAGUAAAUUGCAAAAGAUGUUUUCGUGAAUUUUUUUUUAUUUACUUAAAAAGCAGUUUAUAUUUAACAGAAUAAAGAUGGGAGAUGAAAGAGGCCGUGCUUGUCAAAGUGUUGAUGGGGCAAUUUCGAACAACUUUUUUUGUAAACUGCUACUCGGUAUUUGCCUCUAUUAAACAGGUUCGAAUUGAGGUAAUUAACAGCUUUAAUUUCUUACUAUGAUGUUGAAGAUUGCAAUUUUCGAUACUUGUUAUGAAUGGAAAAGAUUCGCAAAGAUAGUCACCAGAGAGACACAUCCAUGAUGUAACUUCAUCGCUCGAGACCUCUCGCGUGAACUCUGGGGUGAAUAGAUUGCGAUAGAGACUGUAUUGUCACUAUGAUGUUGAACAUUGCAAAUUAAUGAUACUUAUUAAAAAUGGAAAAGAUUGACAAAGAUCGUCAUCAGAACCACACCUCAUAUAAUAUAACUACAUCACGAGGGACCUCUCGCGUGAUAUGAUCUCUCGCGUAAAUAGAUUGUGAUAGAGCCUGUAUACUAACUAUAUUAUAUCGAACAUUGCAAAUUAAUGAGACAUUAGGAAUGAAAAACAUUUGCAAAGAUGGUCAUCAGAACCACACCUCGUAUUAUACAACUACAUCCCGCGCGACCUCUCCGUAAUCUCUCGCUUAGAUAGAUUGCGACAGAGUCUGUGUGGUUACCAAGAUGUUUGACAUCGGAAUUAAAAGAGUCGCAGCGAUCGUCACUGGAGCCCUGAAUAUGUUUUCCUGGGUUUUGCUAACCUUUUUAGGUUUAAAACCGCAGGCUUUUCAGAGUUGCAAAUCUAUUUAAAAAUAAGGUAUUUCCGUAUUGUUUCUCUGUUUCUCUUUACAUAGCUGUCUGAAACUUAAUUGAGCCAUGUUUCACUACAAUUAACUCAGCUUCUUAUCUUUCAAUUUUCAGCCGUCAGACCAGACCAUCCUCUACAGGCACAGCUCCAGAUUAGACCAUGAAACUGUUCAUCAGACGACCACAACAGACAGUCAGAUCAGACGGCCACAUCCGAAUACCACAAAAGACAAUCGUCACGACCCAACCACCAAAUCAGAUCAUCAGAUCCCAUCUCCACCGCCAAUCCAGACUACCAGAUCAGAUCACCCCACCAGACCACAGGACACCAUC